AGGCGGGGACGGGGGUGAAGCAGGACCCUGGGACACGAAGGGUUUUCACACCCUGCACACCUGCAAGCCCAUCUCCGGUCAGCGGCCCAAGGGUACGCCCUAAAGUAGUCUUUUUAAAGCCGAACCGCUGCGGAGAAAGGAUGAGGAAGACUGGAGGAACCAGGACUAUCUUUGAGGAUUUUCCGGGGGUGGGGAAGGAGGAUCAACCUUGUAGGGAACAGGCAGGUGUGGCUUCAGCGCACACAACUGAGAGUGUUACACACAGGUGAGGAAAUAGCCUAAAGGAGUGUCAUACCAGGAAAACUGACAGUGAAGCUCCGGUCCCAGAGUGAGUGUGGAGGAAGGCUGGCCUCUGGAGGAAGGGCCCUGCCUAUACAUGGCAGGGAGGGGCAAGGAAGGCUGGGCACAGCUGCUGCCACAGCAGGCCAGGUCUGCAUGGAGGAAAGCCUGCCUAGAGGACAAUGCUUCAAGUGCUGGCCCCACACUUGUCAUCAGAAACAAGGUGACUGUGUUGAAGGACAUAGCAGAUGGGGUGUCCUUAGCAGGAGAGGAGCAAGCCGUCCAAAGGAAGGAGCCGCAGCCACAAAGACAAGCCUGGCACCGUGUCAGCGCUGCGGAAGAGGGUGAAGAUGGGAGCAGAGCAAAGGGGGAAGGGCCAAGGCUGGUGGGGACCCAUCCCAGCCUGGCCCACCUCCAGCCCCACUGACUCACUCCCCAUGAGCAGUCCUCCCAAGCCCCUUCAAGGCAUGGUACCCGAGUGUCCCAGGAUUCCAGUCUGUAUCCCUCGGGGUCAUCUGAGAGAGAGGCAUCCACUCCCUCUGGGUGGAUAUGACCAAGCUCAAACCCAAAGCUAGGCCAGACCUGCCUGCUUCUGCCCCUUCAGGGCAUGGCCUGGAGCAGGUGCUAGACAAAGGGGCUGUCACAGCAGAGGGGCCCCACUGCUGGCAGAAACAGUGGUCCCUGUCCAGUGCUGCCCUAGCCACUUGCACCAUCCUCAGGGAGCAUUCCCAGGAGCAGCUGCUGGCACUCAGAGCAGGAUCAAAGCCUAGCCUUCUGCCCCCCAGCCCCAGAUCUGCCCUGGGAGCCCAGCCAGGGCUACAGGCUGGGAAGAUCCCAGGAAGAGAAUGCACGGCCAAGAGCAGAAAUCCCUGCCAGUUGUCCCCCAGCAGAGCCACUGUUGGAGAAGCACGCUGGCAAAGGUUAGGAUGAGGAAAGAAAAAUACAGGAAGGUGAAAAGUCCGGCCAGACCAUGCAGGGAGAGUGCAGAGCCCUGGCUUCCUAAACUGCAGUGACCACUGGGCCAGGAGUCUUUGCCCCUCCCGAUCCACCUCCACCCUUCUCAGCCCUGCCUGUGGCCAGCAGGCUGCCUAUGUGGACACCUGUCAAGGGCUUCCAGGGCUGAUGGGAGGGAAAAGAGGUCAGGGGCAUUUUUCCCCAGCUCCCUCCCUGUGGGGUCACUGCCUCUCUCUUCCCAGAUUCCAGUGACCAUCCCUCCCUUCUUCCUGGGCUCUAUUACUACCCUUGGGGUUCCCUAUAUUCUGUCCCCACUUUUGUAAAUCAGCCCUUUAUUAACCCCCUCAGACUGCCCUAACUUGAGUGUGUCUUCUGUUUUCCGCUGGGCCCCACACGGAUAUGACCAUCCACCCUGCAUUUCCUGGCAUGCCCUGGGUUGCAAUAAUCAGCCCCACCACUCCACAAGCAGUACUGGCUCCAGGUGUGGAGGCAUGGGCAGACUGAUAUGUUUCCCACAGCCCCCUGCUACCUCAGGUCCCAGCCAAGCGUAAGGCCACUCUCCACUGGCCUUCAGUCUGCUUACUAGCUGGCCUUCCAGAGUUCUGAGUCCAAGUGGCUCAGGCCAGAGCCUCAUUCCCCCAGGGCACUCCUCCUUUAUGACUUCACCCACUGAAGUCACCUGGGAGACAAUGCUGAACAUUCCACCCCAGAGUCUUGGCCUCUAGGAGGCAGGGACAGCAGCCCCGGCCAGCCCAGAGGACUCUCUGUCCACAGUGUAAAUGAGGACGCUGCUGGCCCAUGUCCCGCAGGGAUGUAGAGGGCAGGCUCAGAGGCACUGGGCACUCCCGGCACCAUGGAUGAUGCUGCCGUCCUCAAGCGACGAGGCUACAUCAUGGGAAUAAAUUUGGGAGAGGGCUCAUACGCAAAAGUCAAAUCCGCUUACUCUGAGCGCCUGAAGUUCAACGUGGCGGUCAAGAUCAUCGACCGCAAUAAAGCCCCCACAGACUUCUUGGAGAAAUUCCUUCCCCGGGAAAUUGAGAUUCUGGCCAUGCUAAACCACCGCUCCAUUGUCAAGACCUACGAAAUCUUCGAGACAUCAGACGGCAAGGUCUACAUUGUCAUGGAGCUCGGGGUCCAGGGCGACCUCCUCGAGUUCAUUAAAACCCGGGGAGCCCUGCAUGAAGACGAUGCUCGCAAGAAGUUCCACCAGCUCUCCUCGGCCAUCAAGUACUGCCACGACCUGGAUGUCGUCCACCGAGACCUCAAGUGCGAGAACCUUCUCCUUGACAAGGACUUCAACAUCAAGCUGUCCGACUUUGGCUUCUCCAAGCGCUGCCUGCGGGAUGACAGUGGCCGACUGACACUGAGCAAGACCUUCUGCGGGUCAGCGGCAUACGCAGCCCCCGAGGUGCUGCAGGGCAUCCCCUACCAGCCCAAGGUAUAUGACAUCUGGAGCCUGGGCGUGAUCCUCUACAUCAUGGUGUGUGGCUCCAUGCCCUACGACGACUCCAACAUCAAGAAGAUGCUGCGCAUCCAGAAGGAACACCGCGUCAACUUCCCGCGCUCCAAGCACCUGACGAGCGAGUGCAAGGACCUCAUCUACCGUAUGCUACAGCCAGACGUCAACCGGCGGCUGCACAUCGAUGAGAUCCUCAGCCACUGCUGGGUGCAGCCCAAGGCCCGGGGCCUGUCUUCUGCAGCCAUCAACAAGGAGGGGGAGAGUUCCCGUGGCACUGAGCCCUUGUGGACCCCUGAGCCUGGCUCUGACAAGAAGUCCGCCACCCAGCUGGACCCCCAGGAAGAGGCACUGUCCGAGACAAAACCCGAGGAGGAGACAUUGCAAGUGCAGGAGUCGAGGCAGUCGGAGACCAAGGGCCUCACCAGCGAGCAGCCGAGCAGGGAGACAGAGGAAGGGGCCCCUCCACAGCCUUCAGAGACGCACACCUAGUGAGCCUCUUGUGGCCCAGGGGGCCGACAGGGAAUGAAGCAGAGCUCAUGGCUUGAAGCAUGAGCUCCGAAGAAGCCGAGGGACAAGCCAGAGAAGGAAGACAGUACCGGAUGAGCUGCUAUUUUCGUCAGUUUCUUUUCCCUCCCUUUGAACUUGGUAACCCACAUGACUAAAGAAGCAAUAAAUCACUAUAUUAGUGCCGACCCCAUGGUGAAUGUCUUUGCCCCAGCUGACUGCGGUCCUCCAAGGAGAGGAUCCUGCACUCCCCCCGGCUCCCCACUCUUCGGAUCGCACUAUGCUUCACUUCCUGCUUGGGAAAAUACAUCCCAGUGUGCCCCGUCCUGCCAGUGACCUCAGGCCCUGGACCAGAGCAGAGCGCUGAGUGAGGAAGAUGCUGCUUCAAGAGGGAGGCCAUGAGUGUGGUG